AUGGCCCUGCACAACCAUUUUGAGAACUUAAGAACUGUAACAUUUAACUUAAGGUUUGAUAUUUUCUUCCAGGUCUACGCCUANCAGCGCAUGCGUGCUGGCAAAGGUAAAAUGAGAAACCGUUGUCACAUCCAGCGUAAAGGGCCAUGUGUCAUCUACAACCAAGACGCAGGAAUUGUCAAAGCCUUCAGAAAUAUUCCAGGCAUCACUCUGCAGAACGUGAACAAACUGAACCUCUUGAGACUCGCUCCUGGUGGUCACGUGGGGCGCUUCUGCAUCUGGACAGAGAGUGCUUUCCGCAAGUUGGAUGACCUUUAUGGCACUUGGCGCAAACCAGCCACCCUUAAAAAUGGCUACAACCUGCCAAUGCACAAGAUGACCAACACCGACCUGGGCAGGAUUCUCAAGAGUCAGGAGAUCCAGAAAGUACUCCGUGCUCCCAGUAAGAAGCUCAACCGCAGAGUACUAAAGAAGAACCCUCUGAAGAACCUGAGGAUUAUGCUCAAACUGAACCCUUAUGCCAAGACAGCAAGACGUCAUGCCAUCCUCAAGCAUGACCCCACGAUCAAGGCCAAGAUGCUGAAGUCCAAGAAGAAGCCCAAGAAGAAGAGAGCACCUAAGAAAACUACAGCAUAAAUACACAGACUGGAGUUCAGUUAUAAAUAAAUCUGUGGAUUCAAGUU